CAAAACAUUUAUAACGAAGACCAGGAAUAUUGAUUGAGUAAAUGCUUCAUAUGAGGUAGGCAAAAGUCCUCAUCGGGUUUCUCUCUCUCUCUCUUUUUGCAGUAUCGAACGCCCUUUUAUGCUAGACAUCGUUAAAAAUGUUAAGUUUGCCCUAACCAAGGAAUUAACACAAAGAGAAGAAAAUCCUGAAUUAGAAGGAGAAAAAUCAGAUGCCAAAGAAGGCGUCAACAAAGAUCCAAAUAGAACUGAACCAGGAGAACAACGUCUGAAGCAAUUGGGAGAGAAAUUGGAUGUCGAGUGCAAUGACAACGAAACUCGUAUUGUUGCAGUCGUCGGGAUGGGUGGAAUCGGCAAAACCUUUCUCGCCAAGAAAUUGUUAGAAAAGCUGAAGAGGAAGAUUGGCAGUCACGUGUUUAUCGAGUCCGUGCGUGAAACUUCGAAGGCACAUGGAUUCGAUAAGCUGAAACUGCAAAAGACACUCGUGGAUGGUUUGCUCCCGAAUGAAGAUAUAAUUUGUGAUAAUGAGAAUCCACUCGAGGUUUGGAAGGAUCAUCUUCUUAAGAAGAAAGUUGCGGUUGUUCUUGAUGACGUGCAUGGCAAGGAACAAGUAAAUGCGCUUCUAGGGAAUUGUGAUUGGAUUAAGAAGGGGAGCAGGAUCAUCAUCACUACCCGCGACAAGUCAUUGCUCAAAGGGGUGGAAAUGGUCAGCGAUAUCUAUGAAGUCCCCGGGUUUAAUGACAGUGAUAGCUUAGAGCUCUUUAGCACUUACGCCUUUGAUGAUAAAUCAUGUAAGUUCAUGGAGUUGUCUAGAAAGUUUGUGGAUUACACUGGAGGAAAUCCAUUAGCACUCAAGGCAUUGGGAGAGGAACUUCUUGGGAAAGACAAGGGUCAUUGGGAAGCAAGACUUGUAACACUUACACAACGUUCCAACGAGAAGAUCAGAAAGGAGUUGAUACUCAGCUAUGAUGAACUGAAUGAGCAUCAGAAGGAUGUUUUUCUCGAUAUCGCAUGUUUCUUUAGAUCACAAGAUGAGAACUACAUUAAAACUUUACUUCACUGCAGUUUUGACGCUGAAUCUGGAGAAGCCGGGAAGGAAGUUAGAGAACUCAGUGACAAGUUCUUGAUUCGUAUCUCUGAAGAUAGAGUAGAGAUGAAUGAUCUAAUCUAUACAUUGGGAAGAGAACUUGCAAUAUCAUGUGUUGAAACUAUAGCAGGGAAAUAUAGGUUGUUGCCGUCGAAUCGUGAAGAGUUUAUUAAUGCACUGAAGAACAAAGAGUCCUUACUUGAUCGACAGGAAAGAGACAAGAUAAGAGGUAUUUUCCUAGACAUGUCUAAAAUGGAGGAAAUACCCUUAGACUACAAAGCGUUUGUUGGUAUGAGCAAUCUGCGGUACCUAAAAGUCUACAAUUCUCAUUGUCCUCGACAAUGCGAAGCUGACAGUAAAUUAAACCUACCCGAUGGUCUUGAGUUCCCUAUAUGUAAUGUUCGAUAUUUCCACUGGCUGAAAUUUCCAGUGGAGGAACUUCCUUGUGACUUGGACCCCAAGAAUCUUAUCGAUCUUAAGUUGCAUUACAGCCAGAUUAGACAAGUCUGGACUAGUGAUAAGGCUACACCAAGACUGAAGUGGGUUGAUCUCAGUCAUUCGAGUAAGUUGAGUUCCUUGUUGGGUUUAUCAAAAGCACCAAAUCUUUUGAGAUUAAACCUCGAAGGCUGCACGAGUUUGGAGGAGUUAUCCGGAGAGAUAUUACAAAACAUGAAGAAUCUCAUUCUCUUGAAUCUAAGAGGAUGCACAGGUCUUGUGUCUCUGCCAAAGAUCAGUCUAUGUUCCUUGAAGAUUCUCAUCCUCAGUGGCUGCUCGAAGUUUCAGAAGUUUCAGGUGAUUUCAGAAAAUCUAGAAACUUUAUACUUAAAUGGCACUGCAAUAGAUAGGCUUCCUCCAUCAGUUGGUAAUCUCCAGAGACUUAUCUUAUUGGAUUUGAAAGACUGCAAAAAUCUAGAGACUCUUUCUGAUUGUACAAAUCUUGGGAAUAUGAGAUCUCUUCAAGAACUCAAACUUUCUGGUUGUUCAAAGCUCAAGAGUUUUCCCAAGAACAUAGAAAACUUGCGGAAUUUGCUACUCGAAGGAACAGCAAUAACAAAGAUGCCACAAAAUAUUAACGGUAUGUCUUUACUGCGACGUUUAUGCUUAAGCAGGAGUGACGAAAUCUACACCCUGCAGUUUAACACCAACGAACUGUACCAUUUGAAAUGGCUCGAGUUAAUGUAUUGUAAGAAUCUCACAUCUCUUUUGGGGCUUCCACCAAAUCUUCAAUUCUUAUAUGCUCAUGGUUGUACCUCACUGAAAACUGUGUCAAGUCCACUAGCCUUGCUUAUCUCAACGGAGCAGAUUCAUUCUACGUUUAUUUUCACCAACUGCCAUGAACUGGAACAAGUCUCAAAGAAUGAUAUCAUGUCUAGCAUACAGAAUACAAGACAUCCGACAUCAUAUGAUCAAUAUAAUCGGGGUUUUGUAGUUAAAUCCUUGAUCAGUACUUGCUUUCCUGGAAGUGAUGUACCUCAAUGGUUCAAGCACCAAGCAUUUGGAUCAGUUCUAAAGCAGGAGCUGCCUCGGCAUUGGUAUGAAGGCAGAGUAAAUGGGUUAGCUCUUUGUGUUGCUGUCUCGUUUAAUAACUACAAAGACCAAAACAACGGUCUUCAAGUGAAAUGCACCUUUGAGUUCACUGAUCAUGCCAAUGUAUCCUUGAGUCAGAUAAGUUUCUUCGUCGGAGGCUGGACCAAGAUUCCAGAAGAUGAACUAAGCAAAAUUGAUUCGGACCAUGUCUUCAUCGGCUACAACAACUGGUUCUAUAUAAAAUGUGAAGAAGAUAGGCAUAAGAAUGGAUGUGUUCCUACUAAUGUUUCCCUUAGAUUUGAAGUCACAGAUGGUGCAAGCAAGGUUAAAGAAUGCAAGGUUAUGAAGUGUGGCUUUUCUUUGAUUUAUGAGUCAGAGGGAAGUGAGAAGGUUUCUCGGGACGCAACAUUUGAUGCAAACUCGAAGAUAGAGGAAAGUAAACUAAGUGAAACAAAAUCUUACAAAACUGCAGAAUAUGAUGCUGAUUUCUAUGGUGAAGGGGCACAAGGGUUGGAGACUUUUGAUAAGUUGACUCUACUCAACCCCUUAAUUAGCGAGGUGCAUUAA